CCCGCUUGAACGAUUGGUUCAUUUACUUCCUGUUUCCCGUCGUUCAUACAUACAUGCACGUGAAGGUCAGUAAAAGAGCUUCACUAGAUCGUUUUUUUAGAAAGUAGUCCAUCAACUCACACUCUUUAGAGGACAAUGGACGGUCAGGGAGCGACAGCUGACCCGCAACUCCAACAGUUCAUCGAAGUCGAGUCUCAAAAACAGAGAUUUCAGCAGCUGGUGCACCAGAUGACUGAGGUUUGCUGGGUAAGAUUAGCUUCGAGCUAAAGCUAACGUCGCAUCUCAUGGAUAAACUCUUACCUUCUGCUGACAGCUGGUGUUGCUGGAAAAGCUGCGGAUCCAUUUGUCAUUUGCUUUUGUAUAAUAACUGAUUUAACGCUUACAGUAACUUGUCUAAUGUAACGUCUUUGCUUUAGGUCACUUUUAAAUGAAGUGCGGCUGUGGAUUGCCAAUGACUAACUGUUUCACUUUAACGUCUCUUGUAAUAUCUGAGGUGUCUAUUCUCCGCAAGAGACCUUAAAUAGUACCGUUUAUAUCUUGUUUUUUUUUUACACUGCCACUCAGGACAUAGCUGCAUGUUGGAGGUCACAGCUGGGGCAAGCCCACGUUAACGUCCACACUUUGUAAACAUACACAUCUAUCCAUCUUGUGACUUUAUUGACUUUAAAAAGCUUUUUAUCUAUUCAAAGCUCUACUCUCAUUUGUAGGUAUUGUAACGAAAGAUAUUCACAACGUUUGUCUCGAAUAAAUUGUGUGACAGAUUACAUUUAGUUGUUGACUUAGUUUUUAAAUGUGCACUUUUACUCAGUUAUUUUCCAGCAAUUAUUUUGUCACUGUCUGUUAUACAAUGUGGGUAUAAAUGAUAUCAUUGUGGUUAUCUGAAAUUCUCAUUUUGACAAGCAAGAGCUACAAAACAAACAUCCAACAUUCAGUCCAGCAUUUCGGUGUUAAAGGGAUAUUCAGGUGUAAAGUAAAGUUAGUGUCAAACACACCGUAGAAACACUGAGUUAGACACCCCCUCGAGAGAUGAAUGUUGCAACCGCUUGCUUCUCUAGUUCUAUCAAUUUUAGUAACGACACUAGUAACACCACUCUAUAGCCUCAAAUAAUGCUCAGAACAGCACCUAACUUCAUCAACAGUACAUAAAGGGUCCAAGCCACAGCACUAGCCACCAAACAUCUUUUUAGCUUUGCCUGUUUUCUUUAGCAAAAACUACUCACUCUCUCUUCCAGCAGCCACUUGUUUGUACGGAGACCUCCGGGAGAGUCCAUCGACUGCAGUGGGGUGACGCAGCUCAAGAAGGAACAUUUAUGAUCAUUACUUUAUCAUUUCCUUGAAGUAAUAAUCAUCAUGUUAAUCAAUUUGCACUGCAGACGCCAUAGUUCUUCUGCCUUAGCAUCUUGGUCUGAUGGCAUUUCCAUGAAGAAAUGAUCAUAAAUGUUCUUCCUUGAGCUGCGUCACCCUGCUGCAGUCGAUGGAUUCGCCCGGAGGUCUCUGUACAAACAAGCGACCGCUGGAAGGGAGGGUAGUGUUUGCUAAAGAAAUUAGGCAAAGCUAAAAAGAUGUUUGGUGGCUAGUGCUAUGGCUAGGACCCUAUAUGUACUGUUGAUGAAGUUAGGUGCUGCUCUUAGCAUUAUUUGUGGCUAUAGAGUGGCUUUUUGGUUGAGCAUGUGGCUCUCUGUAUUGUUAUCAUGCGGUCGUUACAAAAGUUGGUAUAACUAGAGAAGCAAGCAGUCGGCAACAUUCAUCUCUCAAUGGGGUGUCUAACUCGGUGUUUCUACGGUGUGUUUGACCCUAACUUAACUUUACGCCGGAAUAUCCCUUUAAAACCUCUGGUCAUACAAAGACUAUCAUGAUAAAAGUAUUUUCUUCAACAUCUCUGAUUUCAACAGACCAACUGUUUUUGCUGAAUUUGAUGUACUGCGUCUUUUAGCUGCCUCAUUGGUCUGUCUCUGUCUGCAGGAGAAAUGCAUGGAUAAACCCGGGCCAAAGAUGGAUUCAAGGACAGAAAUGUGCUUUGUUAACUGUGUGGAGAGAUUUAUUGACUCGAGCCAGUUCAUCCUAAACAGACUGGAACAGACCCAGAGGGGCAGGGGCUCAUUCUCUGAAACCAUGGCAGACUAAAUAUUAUCUCAGAAAAGACUGAUGAUACACAAGGCACACAGCAGCCGCUCUAAGAGGACGCUAUUGGGUCUUGAUGCAGCUGGCUGUAUGUCAGUGAACUGUCCCUACAUCUGGAAAAAAAAGGAACAUCAUCAAGUGUUGCUUUUGAUACAAGUGCCUGAGAUAAACAUCAUGUAAGGAGGAAUGAAAAAGUCUUGUUUGUCCCCCGUUUAGCAGGAUAUAAGUGUUAAAAUGCUUUUAUUGUAGUCUUCUGCCGUGUUGGUUUUGUCAUGGGUACAUGGAAAUCAAAUCUGUUAAGAGGUCACACUAGAAGCUCAAAUGGUCGACAACCACUGCUUCAACUACCGAGCCAAGCGUUGGCACCCACAGAAAGAUGAUUGCACCGAGGUCAUUCAGCCGACCAGCUUUUUUUCGACAGCCACAUGGACAUCACCAUCUACUCCAUAAUAGCUGAAGUGAAAAGAUGAUCAUGUCAUUACAGAGGAGGCGAAAAAUGGACUGUGUGUAUGCAAUAAACAAUAUGCCAAAUAA